GUUACGCACAGAACAAAUAUAAAACACUCAUCCUUUCCUCUCUCUUCUUUAGCCUCUUUCUUUCUUCCUCUUCUUCUUCUUCUUCUUCAGGGAGGGAUGCUUCCCCCGACUUUCCGAUGAAACUCUUUUUACUUUCUUCAAUUUCCCCGGAAAAUCAGGAACUCUAGAAAUCUGAGCCGAUUUUCACCUUUAUUUUCUUUUGUUUAGCUGUAAUCUUGUUAGACAAGCAGUCCUCAACUCUAGAGCUAUAGCUGGUUAGAAGAGAUUCGCUGGUUUUGUUUAGCGGUCUUUCGUCUGAUUUGCAAAGCCUUUUGUGUUAUUGUGUGUGGAUCAUGGAGAGAUCUGAUUCUAGAGAUCUUUACUACAACUUAGCUCGAGCUUCUUCAUCUAGUAAUAAUAAUAGUACACUCUUUGACGCAUCUCAAUAUGAGUUCUUUGGUCAAAGUCUUGAAGAAGUUGAAUUGGGAGGUCUUGAUGAUGAUGAUGCCGCUUCUGUUCUCGGGCAUGCCGAUGAUGGUGAUGGGUAUCACCUGUUUGAUAAAAGAGAGGGUGCAGGUUUGGGAUCAUUGUCUGAAAUGGAUGAUCUUGCCACAACUUUUGCUAAGCUGAACAGAGUUGUUUCCGGGCCCAAACACCCUGGAGUAAUUGGUGAUAGAGGAUCAGGUUCUUUUUCAAGGGAAAGUUCCUCUGCUACAGAUUGGACGCAGGAUAAUGAGUUCACAAGCUGGUUGGACCAGCAGACGCUUGAAGAGCAAGCACACGAACCUAGCUGGUCUUCACAGCCACAACAACCAUCAGCUAACUCAAACUCUUUGCACAGAACAUCCUCAUAUCCUCAGCAGCAAGCACAACUGCAGCAUUACAAUAGCGAACCGAUCAUUGUACAAGAGUCUACCUUCACCUCUUUUCCUACGCCUGGAAACAGAUCUCAAAUAUCUUCACCGAGCCAUAUCCAUCGCGCUCCUUCUCUCCCUGGUAGUAGCCAGCUGAACCUCCCUGCACCAAACUCUGCUUUCCAUCUCUCAGGAUUGUCACACGGACCGCCACACUACAACAGUAACUUGGCUAGAUAUGCCUCAUGUGGUCCUACUCUUGGCAACACGGUGCAACCUCCUCACUGGGUUACUGACCCUGGCCUUCUUCUGCACGGUGAUCGCUCCGGAUUGUUACACAGUCUAGUUCAACAGCAGCAGCAGCAGCUGCAGCUUCCUCCUCGUAACGGUUUUACAUCACAGCAGCUGAUCUCGCUUCAGCAGAGACAAUCUCUAGCUCAUCUCGCCGCGUUACAGUCCCAGCUCUACAGCUCAUGCCCCUCCCCAUCGCGUCAAGAAGUAAGGGAACACAAACAUAAGCCCUCUCAUAGGAGCCGCAAAAACAGAAGUGGAGGAGGCCUCUCCCAACAGGCAUCUCUCUCCAGCCAGAAAAGCGAAACCGGACUUCAGUUCAGAUCAAAGUACAUGACGUCAGAAGAGAUAGAGAGUAUCCUCAAGAUGCAGCAUUCAAACUCACACAGCAGUGACCCUUACGUCAACGAUUAUUACCACCAAGCUCGACUAACCAAAACGUCCUCCGGGUCUAGAGCAAAGACUCAGUUCUGCCCUUCUCAUCUGAAAGACCACCAAUCUCGCUCGUCCCGUAACAGUAGCAGCUCAGAUCAGCAACAACCGCAAGUCCACGUGGAUGCUCUUGGAAAGAUCACUCUUCCUCACGUUUGCAGGCCACGCGCUUUACUAGAGGUUGACUCUCCUCCUGGCUCUCGUCAUCAUCUGGAGCAGGAGCCUCUUGUUGCAGCUAGAGUCACCAUCGAAGAUGCUUUUGGAGUUCUGAUCGAUAUAGUUGACCUUGAUAGGACUCUCCAGUGCAACCGUCCGCAAGACGGUGGCUCUCAGCUCAUGAGAAAGCGUCAGCUCCUCUUAGAAGGCUUAGCGACCUCUCUCCAACUCGUUGAUCCCUUCAGCAAAACCGGUCAGAAAACCAAAGACGACAUCGUCUUUCUACGCAUAGCGACUCUUCCCAAGGGGAAGAAACUGCUCACAAAGUAUCUACAGCUUCUUGUCCCCGGCACUGAGAUCGCUAGGGUUGUCUGCAUGGCUGUGUUUCGCCACCUCAGGUUUUUAUUCGGUGCCGCUGCGUCAGAGACGGUAGCUAACCUUGCUAACGCGGUUACUGUCUGUGUCCAAGCGAUGGAUCUCCGAGCGCUGAGUGGUUGUCUUGCGGCUGUUGUCUGUUCUUCAGAGCAGCCGCCUCUCCGUCCGAUAGGAAGCCCUUCUGGGGAUGGAGCGUCUGUUGUGUUGGUGUCUCUUCUCGAGAGAGCUGCUGAAGUAGUGAAAAACUCGAAUGAUGGACUGUGGAGAGCCUCGUUUGAUGAGUUCUUCACACUUCUUACCAAAUAUUGCAGGAGUAAGUAUGAGACGAUACAUGGGCAGAAGCAGGAGAAUGCAGCAGCUGAUGUGUUGGAGGUAGCUAUAAAGAGGGAGAUGCCUGCUGAGCUUUUACGCGCGAGCCUGCGUCAUACGAGUGAAGACCAGCGGAACUUUUUGCUGAACUUUGGUCGGAAAGGUUCUUCACCGCCUGUGAGCGAGUUGAAAACCGGUGCAAGGGGUGGCCAGGUUAGCUCUGAGUCUGUCAGGGCUUAACUUUAACCAUACAUAGGAAAGAAACUGUGAGAACAUGGGCUGGGUGUAGGAAUCUUUCACUGGAUUCAGGUGAUAAAUGUUGUUUUCUUUUUUAGAUUGUGUGUGUUUAGAUCUCUUUGAACUUCUUAUGGUUGCGUAUGAAAGGAAGAAACAUUGAAAGUGGGAGUUGGUAAAACCUAAGUGAAAUCCCGGGAGAGCUGUGUUUUUUGGUGCUCUGGUGAUGGAGACUUAGGGUUCGAGGUAUUUGGAAAGGAGGCUAGUGUUUGUGACUGUACAGACUGAUGGUGAAUGGUGAUGGAGGCAAGAAGAUGAUGAAGGAAUCUGAUGAUGGGUGAUGGUCUGAUGUGUGCGGGAGCUAAGAGGUCUUUUGUUGUCUUAGCAUCUUGUGGGUCUGUGUUGAAGUAUGUGCAUUGUGUAACAGUGAGGAACGCAUAGUCUUUUUUUCUUUCUAAAAUGUUGUUUCUGUUGAACUAAUGAACCAUGUCUCGAAACUCCGGUUCGUA